GGGGGGGGGGGGGUCGGGCGGUGAGCAUGGCAACAGCAAUGGAGGAAGGCCUGGAGCUGAAAAUCAACGAGCGGUUCGCCGGCAGGUACGAGAAAUACCGGCAGAAGGAGGAGCUGCAACGGCUGAAGGAUCGCUAUGGGGAUACAGCAGGUGAAGAAGAAACUUCCAGCUCUGAAUCUGACGAUGAGAGUGAAGUGGAAACUGACCCCAAACUGGAUGCAGACUUCUACAGGACCUUAUCUCUGUUGAAGAAGAAGGAUCCCAAAAUCUACCAAAAAGAUGCACAGUUUUACACAGUGGAAGCAGAAUCCAGCAAAGAAGGUAAUGAGGAGAGGACUGCAAAUAAAAGGAAAAAGGAGAAACCAAUGUACCUGAAAGAUUAUGAAAGGAAGGUCAUUCUUGAAAAGGAGGGGAAAUAUGAAGAUGAAGAGAGUGAUGAAGAAGAAUCAAGAGUUGAAAUUGAGAGAGCAACAUCCCCCAGUUAUAUGGAAGAACAGAAACAACUGAGAGAAAAUUUUCGUAAGUUUGUUGAAGACAACGAUGAGGACAGCGACGAUGGUGACUUUGGUUUUCUGAAACCACGGAUGAAAUCUAAAGAGGAGAAGGAAAAAGAGGAAGAAUCCUACAUUAACUGGCUGAAAGGGCAAAAUGAUUUACAAACGAAGGAGGAAUUGCAAGACAUGAAAUACCUGAGGGAUUAUUGGAAUGAUCCUCAGCUGGAAGAGGGAGAGAAGUUCCUGCGGGACUAUAUUCUCAAUAAGCGAUAUCUUGAUGAGGAGGAAGAGGAGGAAGAGAGAAUUCCCACUUAUGAUGAGAUUGUUCAGGAUGAAGUGGACGACUCUGAAGAUGAUGGGGAGCAAUUUCUGAGGAAACAGGAAAACUUUGAAAGAAAGUAUAACUUCAGAUUUGAAGAACCCGAUGCAGAAUUUAUAAAAUCAUACCCAAGAACAGUUGCCACCUCAGUCAGAGCAAAGGACGACAGAAGGAAGCGCAAAAGAGAAGAAAUCAAGGAAAGGAAGAAAAAAGAGAAGGAAAAGAAGCAAGAGGAGAUAAAACAGCUGAAGAAGCUGAAGAGGAUGGAGAUAAUCAACAAGCUGAACCGGUUAAAGGAGAUAACCGGGAAUGAAACCGUUGGCUUCAAUGAGCAGCACUUGGAGGAGGAUUUUGACCCAGUAAAGCACGACCAGCUCAUGCAGCAAUUCUUCAAUGAUGACUAUUAUGGAGUGGGAGAUGAGCAAAAACCACAGUUUGAGAAUGAGGAGGAAUUCGGUGAUGAGUGGAAUUGGGACACAUGGACAGGAAAGGAAGAUGGCUACGCAGAGCAAGAGGGAGAAAAACAGUGGCAGCAUGAGAGUUUUGAACCACACUGCGAUGAUCCAGAUUUUAUUAUGGAUGCAGAUUAUGAUCCCAGUCAACAACUGAUCUCCUCCAAGAAGAAAAAAAAACAAGAUGCUCCCCUCAUAGGCAAGAAAAGGCGGAAGUCUAAAUUUGCAGAGGCAGUUAGCAAAUCGAAGCCAGCAUUUGAUCCCAAGGACAAGACCUUUGAACAGUACUUGGAUGAGUACUACCAGCUGGAUUAUGAAGAUAUAAUCGAUGACUUGCCUUGCAGGUUCAAGUACAGGCAGGUGCUGCCUAAUGACUUUGGGCUCAGUACAGACGAGAUUUUGGCAGCAGAUGAUAAGGAACUUAAUGCUUGGUGUUCACUAAAGAAAACCUGCCAGUUCAGAACUGAGAAGGAAGAGCUUCAUGACCUGAAGAUUUACAAGCAGAAAGCCCAGAACCUGAGGAAAAAGCAGCAGACCUUUAAGUCUUUCGCUCUGCAGGAAGACGAAUCACAGAGGAAUGAGGCAGCUGCCAAAACCAAACCUGGGAAGAAGAGAAGGGACAAACUGAGAAAGCCACAACUGCCGGGAGCGGAAGAGGCUGAGGAGGCAUCCACCGAAUCAAGUCCAAAGAAAGUGAGGUUGGAAGCCGAGAAUAAGCAGGUGUUUGGACUGGACAGUGAAGAGGAUGAAGACGUCUUGGUUGCCAACUCAAAGAGCAGUACAAAUGCAGCAGCCCCACAGAAAGUGGGAGCCAGCAAAGAGGAGGAUAAAGAAAAAUCUCCAGCUCCUCCCAUUGCACACCAAAAAAAAUCAGAGCAUCCAGUCAGGAAAAGGAAGAAAUUUACUAAGAAAAAUAUGCUGCUCACUUCCCAAGUGCAUUUGGGUGGACAUUUGUUCAGUGGCCGGAGGCUGAAGGCAUAUGGACUGAACCCACGCAAACUGAAAUUUAAACAAAUAAUCAGAGAGCAGAAGAAGAAAGAGAAAAAGAAACAGAACAAAGACUGAUUUUCUACUGAGCGAGAUUAUUUUAUAUGAUAAUGUGAAAAUAAGCCGGUUUGUUAUCACAGAUGGUCAAAUAAAAUGACACAAUCCUUUA